UUUGUUGAUGCUGAGGGAGCCUCUUGUGCAUCUAAGCGCAGGAAGCAAGAGACAGCCUCCAACUUCCUGCCUUAUCCUUCCUCCGGCUUGACUCAACUCGCCUGACCGCCUUGUGCCUUCUGCACGCUGGGGAGGAGCGAGCUUCUCCGGGCACACACUCCAGAACCCUCCGCCCUCCAUGUGGAUUGUUCACUGUUCCUGCUUGGUGGAAGGAACGAGCGUUCCGGUAGCAGCAGCGGCAGCAGCCCGCGCCGGGCCUCGGCGGUGGCUUGCACCGGGCUCGGCCUUUUUCCAUCACCGUCAACCCGGGAGACGUAUCGAGGAGGAGGAGGAGGAGGCGGAGGAGGAGCGGGCCUUGCAGCUGGCAUCUCCCCGAGAUUGCAGGGCUGUCUGCGCGCUUGGAUGAGCCGCCGGAGCCGAGGCAGAGAUGGCUGUUCUCAAACUUGCGGACCAGUCGCCUCUCAUCCAGGCCAUCUUCAGCGGCGAUCCGGAGGAGAUCCGAAUGCUCAUAUACAAGUCUGAAGAUAUCAACGCUCUGGAUGCUGAGAAGCGCACUCCGCUUCACGCAGCGGCCUUCCUUCGCGAUGCCGAAAUCACAGAACUCCUUAUCCUCUCCGGUGCCCGCGUCAACGCCAAAGACAACAUGUGGCUCACCCCCCUCCAUCGGGCCGUGGCGUCUCGCAGUGAGGAGGCAGUGCGAGUGUUGAUCCGCCACUCGGCCGACGUCAACGCCCGCGACAAGAACUGGCAGACGCCGCUCCACGUAGCCGCCGCCAACAACGCCCUGCGCUGCGCAGAAAUCAUAAUCCCACUGUUGAGCAGCGUAAACGUUUCGGACCGCGGCGGGCGCACCGCCUUGCACCACGCUGCCCUCAAUGGCCACACAGAGAUGGUGAACCUCCUUCUUGCCAAAGGAGCCAACAUCAAUGCUUUUGACAAGAAGGAUGGGCGAGCGCUGCACUGGGCCGCCUUCAUGGGUCAUUUGGACGUGGUGUCUCUACUGGUGAGUCAGGGGGCGGAGCUCUGCUGUAAGGACAAGCGAGGGUACACGCCGCUGCAUACGGCGGCAUCUAGUGGACAGAUGGCGGUGGUCAAGCAUCUUCUCAACUUAGCCGUGGAGAUCGACGAGUCCAAUGCCUUUGGCAACACGCCGCUGCACGUGGCGUGUUUCAACGGUCAGGACGCUGUCGUCAGCGAGCUCAUUGACUACGGUGCCAACGUCAGCCAGCCCAACAACAAAGGCUUUACGCCGCUGCACUUUGCCGCCGCUUCCACGCACGGAGCGCUCUGUUUGGAAUUCCUGGUCAACAACGGCGCCGAUGUCAACGUGCAGAGUCGAGAUGGGAAAAGUCCUCUCCACAUGACAGCAGUGCAUGGUCGCUUUACUCGCUCUCAGACUCUGAUCCAGAAUGGCGGAGAGAUCGACAGCGUGGACAAGGACGGCAACACGCCGCUGCACGUCGCCGCACGCUAUGGCCACGAGCUGCUCAUCAACACCCUCAUCACCAGCGGAGCCGAUUGUACCAGGCGAGGCGUCCACGGGAUGUUCCCUCUGCAUAUGGCCGCCUUGAACGCCCACUCGGACUGCUGCCGCAAGCUGCUCUCCUCAGGCUUUCAGAUCGACACACCUGACAGUCAGGGAAGGACGUGCCUGCACGCCGCCGCCGCUGGAGGCAACGUGGAGUGUGUCAAGCUCCUCCUGACGAGCGGCGGUGACCACAACAGGAGAGACAAUUGCGGCAGGACUUCCCUGCACUAUGCCGCCGCGAGCCGCCAUUAUCAGUGUCUGGAGAUGCUGGUGGUUUGUGGGACUGCAAUCAAUGCCACUGACAAGUGGGGGCGCUCUGCCCUCCAUUACGCUGCAGCUUCGGACCUGGACAAAAGGCGACGUGUCGCUCUGGAGCCUGAGAGUGAAGGAGUCCAGGCUGAGAGGGAGAGAGAGGCAGCAUUAUGUCUGGAGUUCCUGCUUCAGAGUGGAGCGACGGCCUCGCUCAAAGACAAACAAGGAUACAGUCCUGUUCACUAUGCUGCAGCCUACGGACACAAACACUGCCUGGAGCUGCUACUGGACAGAGAUGACGGUUACCAUGACGACCUUGAAUCACCCAACGCCAGGAGCCCCCUGCACCUCGCUGCAUACCACGGCCACGCUCAGGCCCUUGAGGUGCUGCUCCAGGGCGAGAGGGAGGUGGACCGAGUGGACGAAGCCGGCCGCACCCCCUUGGCCAUGGCGGCGCUGCGGGGUCACGCCGACUGCGUUCACAUCCUCCUCAGUCAGGGGGCGUCACCGCGCACUUGCGACAUGCGGCACAGGCGCACCCCUGUACACCUGUCAGUGAUGAACGGUCACACGACAUGUUUGCGCCUCCUGCUGGACGAAUCGGACAGCGCGGCUCUCGCUGACGCUGCUGACUGUCAGGGACAGACACCUCUGAUGCUAGCUGUGGCGGGGGGUCACGUCGACGCCGUGUCGCUGUUGCUUGAACGGGAAGUCGACGUCAACAUGGCCGACAAGCACGGCUUGACCGCGCUGCACCUUGGGCUGCUAUGUGGCCAGGAGGAGUGUGUCCAGUGCCUGCUGGAGCAGGAGGCAUCCAUAUUGUUGGGCGACGCUCAGGGUCGCACCGCCAUUCACCUGGCGGCGGCAAGAGGCCACGCCUCCUGGCUGAGCGAGCUGCUCAGCAUGACCUGCCCCGAACUCGACUCGCUACCUCCACUCAGAGACCACCACGGUUACACGCCGCUGCACUGGGCCUGCUACCAUGGUCACGAGGGAUGCGUGGAGGUUCUACUGGAGCAGAAAGGUUGCCGCUGCAUUGACGGGAACCCUUUCACGCCACUGCACUGUGCUGUGGUAAACAACCAUGAGGCCUGUGCAUCAUUGCUGCUGGAGGCAAUGGGAUCAGACAUCACCGGCUGCAAGGAUGCUAAGGACAGGACCCCCCUCCACGCGGCAGCUUUCUCUGGUCACGUCGAUUGUGUCCAGCUGCUCCUUUCGCACGACGCGCCAGUUGAUGCCACAGACCAAUCGGGUCGCACGGCACUGAUGAUGGCGGCCGAGAAAGGCCGCGUCGGGGCCCUUGAGGUUCUGCUGAACACCGCCUGCAGCUGUCUCCAUUAUACUGAUAAAGACAGCAACACUGCUCUACAUUUAGCAUGUAAAAAUGGAAAGGAAGAAUGCGUCCUGCUCAUUUUGGAGAAGUUGUCCGACUCAGCGCAAAUAAACGCCACAAACGCAGCGCUACAAACGCCUCUCCACUUGGCAGCUCGCAGUGGACUCAAACAGGCAGUCCAGCAGCUGCUGACCCGAGGAGCCAACAUUCAGACAGUGGACGAGAACGGUUUGACCCCCGCUCUGGCUUGCGCGCCCAGCCGCGAGGUGGCCGACUGCUUGGCGCUCAUUCUGGCUACCAUGAUGCCUUUCUGCUCCCCUUGCAGCUCUGGUGCCCCCUCCCCAGGCGCCCUGCUAAGGAUGCUGCCCCCCAAGGCGCACAAAGACCCCGGCGUAGCCGCCGUCCCCCGGGGCCCACGUGGCACCAGGAACCCCUCAGGACCCUCCAGUGAGGGGACCACAGAGAACGACUCUGAGGAUUCAGAAACUUUCUGAACCUUUCUGGUCGCCAGAAUUGCUCUCUAUGCCAUCUUUUCAAGAAGGAAUCGAUGCGGGUCAUUUGCAUGUUUUAUUGUUUCUUCUUUGUACUCAUGGGUGCUCAAAUCCAAAUCGACCUUGGUACUCGGCCUCUGGGUGGCGGGGUGACUCGCCUCAGACUUUUCAAUCUUAACAAGCAAGAACAAGAAGCCAUUUUUAACCGUUUAUUUGGUACGAUGCAAAGCCAAAAGUUUAGUCAUUUUAGUCAUCUUUAUUGAUAUUUUGAUUUCAUGUACUGAAUAAGCAACAUUUACACAAUAAUAAUAUUAUAAUGUAACUUAAUCACUGGAAAGAUGUGGUAUACGCACUGGGUCUGUGAAUUAAUGUUAUUAGAAAAAAAUACUUAGUCACCUCGUUACCCGAAACAAAGGUCUUAAAAAUUGCUGCAAUUUAAUGAAAACAGAAGAUAUUGCGAACAAUUUCAAGGUGCAACUUUACAAAAAGUCAUAAUGUGAGGAAAUUAAAAUUUCAUAAAGUUGUAAAAUAAAUACUAGUUUGUCCUAGUUUCACAGAAAACCAAUUGGAGAGGAUAGUCAUUUUAAGACAGUAGUAUUAUAAGCUGUAAUUUAACUAGGAUAAAAUUGAAAUACAAGAAAAUUUUACGAGAAUAUUUGCAGUACAAGAAGUAUUGCGCAAUUUCAUGACAAUGUUGGAAGUUAUAGGAAAGUAAAAAAACUUGCUAUAAUGAAGUUGAAUGGUCCAUAACUUCGAGGUAAUGAAAAACUGUAUAUUAUAUUUAAAACACUUGUAAUAUUAGGAAAGUUAGAAAUUUACAUUUGAAACCAUAAUGCCAUAAUUUUACAAAAACUUUAUAUUGUGAAUUAAAAAUUCACCCAAGUUUUAAUACAAAAAAAUUUAAUUUUAUAAAAAUAAAUAUAAGUUUUGAUAGUUAUUUCAUUAGCAUGAAUUAGUAAAAUCACCCAAAAAAAAGUUAGAAAUCACAAGAAAAUACAAAAACAUUGGUGAGAUUGAAGUUGAAUGAUUCCAUGAUUUUAUAAUACUGGCCUAAAAUUACAAGCAGAUGAUUAUCCCGCAAAAAAAAGUCAUAAUUUCACAAAAAGGUUUUUGCGAGAAUAUCGCAAUGUGUGUACGUUGGUUUUAUUUAUUCUUUGUUACCUGAAGCACAAAAUGGCGAGUAGUUAUGUAGGAAAGAUUCCCCAAAUGUCUGCACAAUUUCUCACUCCUUCUGCAUGCCGACUUUUGUGAAUCAGGGUAGCCCUAGAUUCGCCUCUUGAAAGAAUACAAAUAUUUUGCCGAAAAACAUUCCCCUUGAUCAUGCAUGUUCGCCUGACAGGGUUAUUCCUCUAUUCAUUAUUUAUAUAAAUAGAUUUGUAUUGACACAUUGGUACACAAACUGCCAGCACUUCAAUGUGAAACCUCUGCUUGACUACCUACCAGCAAUGUGCCAUCAAAUGUGUGCAGUGCCUUGACGUCGGUGUAUUUUUUUUAAAUCACCAAUUUUUGAAUUGAAUCACCCACGGGAUCUAAAAACCUAUUCACUUGAGAGAAAACAAAAUUUUGAUUUUAAUUAAAGUAAGAAUUUUAUAGGAAUCAAAUUUUAAUCUUAAAAGCGUAAAUCCUGCAUUUGGUAAUUUUACAGUGUGGCUUUUCAAUGCUCCCUCGGAAAUUUGUUUCUUAUAUUUCCUUCUUGGAGAAUCUGAGUAUGAUACUUGUGUGUAUGUUUUUGUACAUUGUUUCGGCGAAGACGAACAGACUUGGUUUUGUUGCUUGUCUCUCAAAGGCGAGCGUUAAUCUGAUUAAAAAAAAAAAACUAGAAUAAACCAAAUGUUCCUUCCUUGGAGAUUUGAACAGAAACAUGACAUUUAGUCAUGACUGUAGAAGUAGCUCCAAAUGUGCUGCGUUUUUCAUCAGUGUGUAUUGUGAAGAAACAAUUUACUCAAAUUUCAUUUGACAGUGACAUUUCAGUUUGAAUCAAAUUUUCAAUGCAAUGGACUUUUUUUCCGGGCUACGAUCCAAUGCAAAUAUUUGUUGGUCAUCGAGUUUGUGGCAAGUUAAAGACGAAACUGCCCACAUUGGUACUGCUGUUUUAUAUAAUGUUGAUUUGUAAAGCUUUGUAUGACUCUCGGCCAUCUGAACACAACCUGUUUGAACCUAAUUUAAUGCAUAAUACAAGCAGAGGUGUAGGACAUGUAGUUUUAAUACAAAGAUGAGCUUCAAGAGUCGUGACAAUUGUCACCCCAGAAGAGCAGUUCCUGAUGCAGUAUGACCACACUUCAGUGUUUUUAUACAGCAAUUGUACAUUUGGAAAAAAUAAAUGUGCUGCAGUUUUC